GAUCGAGUUUCGCUUCAAGCUGGCCCUUCAGGAGGACGACAGCCCGUUCUUCGAGGUCUUCGUGGCCGGCGAGGCCACAGAUCUUUUUCGCGCGCGCGCCGAAGAAGUGCUGUCGGAUCCCGAUGCUCGUGUGGAGCCGCAGAAGCUCCUGGAUGCACUGCGCCAGGAGCUUUCCAUAGAGAUGCAGAUGUACCCAGUUGGUGGACGGCAUUGGUGGCGUUGCAGUCAGGACUUCCGGAAGUCACAAGCAGAUGCUGGCAUCGAUCUCAGAACCCCGACUCCCGGUCCUGAAGCCCACCUAGGAUGGACCUUCGACUGCAGUUUCUGGGGUGCCGCUUGGCUUGCCGAGAGAAUCCGCGAGGUCACAAAUGUGCGGAGGUGCACAAAGAGUCUCGCGGAUCUUGUCGAAGUCAUGUCGGUGGAGGAUGUGGUGGCGCCUACCUCAGACAAGAAGGCUUCAGCAGGUAUGGGCCUUCGCCAUACCAUGGCUACGGCCACGCACGAAGCCCAGUGCUUUGUGGGGCGUCGCGUUGACUCGGCAUUGGAAGCAUCGAGCUGUGCCUUGGACACUCGGCGGCUUGCCUUUCAGGAUUGGUGGGGUCCGCCUCGAUACUAUCGAGACCGAUACGACCGCGAUCGGAAAUGGGACCGGGAGCAGGACAAGGAUAAAGAGGGCAAGCCGGCCGACCGGCCCCGGAGUGAGGAUGGGGAGAAGGGCAAGGAGGCGAACUCAGGUCCUGCGCUCGAGCUGGCAAGGAAGCCAUAUCGGCAGAUCAUUGACGAGCUCAUCAAAAACACUGUCCUGUGCCGCAACGACUUUGACCAUAAGAUCCUUCUCCUGUUGGACGCGCUCUGGGAGCGGAACAGGCUGCAAGAUGCCUGCUCCCAUGUCAAGAAAGUGGUGGAGGUCCUUCCGCGAGAUAAGGUCACGCACUGGAGAGGCUACCUCCACAAGCUGCUGCGAAACUUCGACGAGGAUGCGUACCACGACGUCAAGGGCACGCUGGCAGCUGCAAACGCAGAGAAGCUGCCUUGGAUCCAGGAGAAGCCUCCGGCUUCCGGAGACUCUCUCCGCGUGUGUGCAGCCGAAUUCCAGCCGGGACAGCUGGCUUGGACUGGAGCUAUUGGGAAGAAUGAGUAUGUGGCAGUAGCAACACACAGGCUUUGCGCUGACGCACCAGAGUUCGAUCCCAGUCAAUCUACUUGGGCGCCACGAGCCGUCGAGAAGGCCGAGGGCGCAUGA